ACAUCCGUCCUCUAUCAAUCAAUCAUCAAUCCAAGCAAUCAAUCCAAACAAGCAAGCACUGUCCUGACGACCAAGAUGGGCGAAACGAAGCACACUCAAUCGCAGGCAAAGCGAGACCUUGACGAGAAGCUGCGGCUGUCUACUCCAAGUCGUCAAGUGCUGGAAGAACUUGCGGUUGCCUGUGCCAAGAAUCCAUCACCCGACAAUACGUUCCAGUACGCGUUUGCUCUGAGCAAGUCGAAUGAAAAGUCCGAGCUGCGCUAUGCCAUUACCAUCCUUGAUGGACUAGUCAGCGAAGGUUAUAGCCAUCAAGUGGAUUGUCUCUAUGCCGCAGCGACGGCGUUGUAUUUGCUGGGAGACUACGAAGAAGCAAGAACCAGAUGCGAAAACAUUCUGCGAUCGAAACCAGGAUCCAGAAUUGCCAGCGAACUGCAUCUUGCCAGUAUCGAAUCACAAGAACAAAAGGAAUCACAACAACUCAAACAAGCAGCCGUUGGAGGCACUGUAGCUGUGGCUGCUCUGGGAGUCAUUGCAGGUGUUGCCAGUGUCAUGCUAGCCAAAAAGAACUAGUCGAACCUUCUCUUUGGUUGCUACAUGUACCUUGGCCUUGGAUGGGACUGUCACUCAUACUCGCUCAAUAGUUCACACGCUGCUGGAUGCUUUAUUUGUUUAUUUCAAGUUUGCUACCGGUAGCCAUCCAAACAUCUAUCCUGUCCCAAGAACAAUCUGAGGGGUUGCCUGGCUGUUGCAGCAACCUUAAUCUAGAACAAACUUGGAAUGCAUUAGUAGUAUAGUCCGACAAUUAAUUAAUUGCCCUGGAUCACAUCCAUC